CUGCCACCUGAACUUCUCAUGUAUUCAAGCACUGCUGAAAAAAAUGGUGUCUCAGAAAAGCUUGUACAGUCUGGACCACAAGGGCAACCUCUGACCUCCCCGAAAGAUCCUGACACCCAUAAGGGAAGUAUUCCCACUGUUGUAGAGGAAGUGGGAAAGCAGUUUAAUGCUGCGAAAGGAGGAGAAGCGUGUGUGUCAGAAGAAGCUGUGAGGAAAAGAGAAGAGCUUAAAAUGCUUCCAGCAGAGGAUUGCCAAGAUCUCCAUGGCAAUGCUGACAAGCACUGUGGCUCGUUUUGUCUGAAGGAAGUCCAAGGAGGACAUCACAAGGUCAGCUGGAAUAACCCACCUGACCAACGUCAUGAAGAAAAAUCAGGUCCCAAGAACAAUGCAAGCCAAAAAGAAGGGAAAACAUCUUCAGAGAGCAAUUUUUAUUUGGAAGAGUUGGAGAAAUAUACGUUUUCUGUGUGCUGCCGUUCUGCUGCUGAUGUGAAGCUGUCCAGGCAGGUUAUGCAGCAUUUCCAUUUCAUGGUGUUCAUGGCCUUUUCGGAGCUGAGACCCGCACACUGGUGCUCCAGGGACUUCUGGCUGCUCGCACUGAUGGUAGUUUUGCUUUGGUUCCUGAGACUUUACCUGCAUUAUUUGAGCCAGUGGCUCUUUCUCCAGACCAUCUCAGUUCCUGUUGAAAAAUUCCAGCUCUUCCCUCACACUGUGGAGCUGUGCUACCAGAACUCCUUACUGCACACCAGUGAAGAGUUGGCCAUGGUUGUGGUGGGACCCUUAACCUUGAACGCAGGGCUGCUUCUCAUGGUCCUGAUCAGAUGGGGCUGUCAGCAGCUGUUUGACUCAUUCCCUUCCUUCUUGUCAAAGUUUAUCAUAGCUAUGGGACUAUGGACAGUGCUGGACCCCUUGGCAGUGUUUGUAGUGGAUUCAUUCCUGGGGCGAUUUGGGAACAGUGUAGAGAAACCCAUUGCUGAUGCUGCAAAACUCUCCUGGGUGUUUCUAAGAGCAGGGGAGUCAGGAGUUCCUGGUGCCUUAAUCACCGUGAUGCUUUAUACCAUCCUGUUCAUGAUCUCAUCAACAGUGUUGUGCCUGUAUUUUUUAAGGCUACACAGUGAAGGUUGGCUGCCAGAUAUAUUUCGACGUAUUCAUGGUGAGGAAGGCACAUUCUUUGUUCCACUGGACUUGGAGAUUUCCAGUCAGGAGCUGAGCUACAUUAUGAAGAGGGCUGAGCAGUGGAGAGGAAUCAAUGGUGAAAGACGGAUGGUGGCAGUGUCUGAUUACAUCUGGAAGGACCACGCCAGCCAGCCGGGUGUCUCCAGCUGUGACCUCCGGCACCAGGAUGAAAUCCCUGACGCUGCAGCCAGCUGGAAAGGCAGCACCACUGCUCACGUCUGUGUCUACACGGUUCACCUCAGCGGCUUCCAGGAGCUCUACAGGCACUUCCUCAGACUGCCUGAUGGGGCUAUCAUUGAGGCAUUUGGUGAUAUUAGUGAGGAAAGUCUUUUGUGUAAAGUGAGCACAGACCAGGCGCAUAUAAGGGAAAAGGACAGUGUGCUGUGUACAUCUACAUGCAUCAACCUGAGGGAGAGGAAAAAGAGUACAGCAAGGUGGAAAGGAAAUCGUGUUGUCUCUGACAAGAGCUACUUCCUGCAGUAACACAUGGCCCAUGGAGUUGCUUAUAUCAUGAUCCACAUCCAUGGUAUGGCUACUGUCUGAUAGGAUUUGUGUUUCUGAUGGCCACAUCUCUGCUCAUGCGAUAUUGUCCUGUGAAUGCUCCCUUUGUAUCUCUUCUGUGGCUUCAACAAGCUGUGCACUGUGGUGAACUCAUGGGAUCAGAUCACAGAUUGGAUCAUGCAAGCAUAAUUAUUUCACGUGACUUUUUUCCUCCCUUUACAGUUGUGGGACAUUCCUAGGUUUCUCAGCUUUGCUUGUUUCUGCUUUUUCAGCUUUGCUUGUACCUGUUAGCUGUGGUGGGGAAAAUGUUGCUGAUUUGUCUUUCAAACAAGUUUCAUUACUAAGACAUUGACAGUGUUUUCAGUAGUUGUUCAAAGCACAAUGCUAUUGUAAUUGGAAGACUGAGAGGACACCCAGAAGAGGAGCAAUGACGGCUUCAUCCACCAGUUCUGUAGCCAAGUCCCAACUCGCAAAAUUUACAAGAUCUGAGAAACCAUUUUUUCUGAGGUUUUUGUGGUAGCUAUACCUGCUUCUCUGUGAGCUACAGCAACUUAAGGAGGUUAUGUACAUGGUUUCUUAGAAGUAUUAAAGUUAGAACCAAUCAGUUCUUUUUGGUUAGAGCCAGUCAGUGCUUAUUCUAUUUGGCUCCAUAAAAAUGUAUCAGAAAUUGUCCAUGCCCCAAAGGCAAGAAUUAUAAGAGACAACAGAAGAAGGUGGAAAGGGGAACACAGGCAACAAAAGUGAAAUCAUUCAUGCCAGACCAUCAAAGUCAGAGACAAAUGGAGAAAUACAGACUACCAGCAUCCUGAUUCAGUCUUCUCUUGUCCUGAAAAUGAAGCUGGAAACAGAAAGAAACUUACCUUACUGCUAUUUUGAAUCAUUUAUGGAGAAUUCUGUAGUCAAUUAAGAUAGGAAUCAGUGACAUUUUUCUAGCAUGUUAGGAUUUUCUGGCAUCCCUUUGUUCACACUGCUAUGGUAAAAGUUUUUCAGAUGCAUUUAUCUUUGUAAGGUCUUACCCAAUAUCUUGAGCAUUGUUGAUUAAUAGCAUUACUUAAAUCCAUAGUUCUCAUCCAACUGAAUAAACAUUAAAUUACAUUAGGUAGUAACCUAAAGAUUUAAAUGUCAAUCUUGAACACAGUUUUAAUUUGGGUAUGCUUAAUAGUGGUUUGGUUUCCACCUCUUUUCUUGUUUUUGUUUCUUUUUUUCCAGUUUAUUUGUGUGUGUGUACAUAUGUCUGUGGUUAUUUUAUGGCUUACGCCCAGACAGAAAUAGUGUUAAAAAACUUCUGAGUAUCUACAAGAAUUGAUGUGAUUUCUGUGGCUUUUAUUGCAUAAAAUAUUACUUGGAUUGCUUCUCUCUGUCAUAACAGAAAUAAAAUUGCCUUUUAAUGUUUGCUUUUCCUGUUGACACUUUAAACUUUUCUACAUAACUUUGGGAAAGAAACUUACUGAAGACAAACCACCCAGUAACCUAUUGCAGUUUCUGGGUGACAGUACCAAAAUGCCGUGGGCAGCAUCUUACUCUGUGUAUUUUCCUGACCUCAGUUUUGCCUAUCAGGAUGAAUGACUGUAAUUUAAAAAUCCCUUUGGGCAUUAUUAUGCCCUGGGUUUCUCAUCACUGAGUGAUAUCCCAGUCUGGUUCUGUGAGAUUUUGACUUUGGUGUUGGUAAUGCGGUGUUAGUAAUGCAGUGUUGGAAUUUAGUCUGAUGGUGGGACUGACUUUAUGUGUGGAACCACCAUAGCUUCAGUUGUGAUAGGAUUGUGUUGAUUUUUCUGACAAAUGUGGAUCUAGUACAGAAACUUUGAUCAGCAUGAAGAGCUUGACUGACCACUUUUUUUCUUCCAGUUAUACUGAAAUUCUCCACUGACUUUCAUUUGAUCUAGGAUGUACAAUUCUAUACAUUACAUAAUCAUGAAAACUGAAUUUAAAGUAAGUUUAAAUAUGAGGUAAAUUUAAUUUUUUUUUAAAUGUAGCAUCCUAUCUGUUAAUUUUGAUUCCUUGUGUCUUAUGAGUUUCCAUGUUUGUUGGUCAAUGUGCAGUGGGUGGCACUGGCUUUGAAAUUGUUUUCUGAAGUGUUCUUAUCAGCAGCACCAUCCAUAAUGCUCAGUUAUAGCUGGAUAGUAAUUGCCUGUCUAUGCAAUGUUCCUUUGCAACAAUUUUCUCCUGUGUAGCUAUAUAUAUGUAGUCAUUACUGAAAAGUGUAAAUAAAGAAUCCUUUUAGUGGUGUAGUUUCCCUGGGUACCUACUGUGCUCUUAUUAUCUAAAACAUACUCCCCAUCUGUAGUUCUGUUCUAUUAAAGGAUAAAGACAUAACUAUGAAUUAAAAAUUAAAAUGCUUGUUGUAGAUUGGAGAGCAGGGUCUAUUAGAAUAUAUCUGGCACCAGGCUACCAGUACAGUAGAUAGAUUACACUGAGCACCAGUUAAGCAAGGGGAUGAAAAAUGAGUGAUUUUCAUCAUUCAGUUAAAUAUAGUGCUAAGUGGUAUGUGCUAGCAUUAAAAGCAAAUUACUUAGCACUUCACCAAUCACAGCAUGAGAGAAUUCCAUUGGAAACAGUAUUUUCAGUGAUGCUCAGUCCUCAGUUUUAUUAAAUAAAUCCACUGUUAAUGCUUAAGGAAGCAGUAGAAGACGUAUUGCGAUGAUAAUAAAAAGAUUGAAAAUGUGAAAAUGAAGAGAAGCAGUACCUUGUUUUAAUAAAUGUGCUAAGAAAUUCUCCCUCUCUCUUAACAACAAAACUCUAAAGUGUUGGUUGAUCAAUAAUUUCCUGUACUUUCUUAAGGUCUUCCUUCCUCCCUAAUGAAUAUGACCUUUCCUUUUUUUUUUCCUUCUUUAUAAUGACAUCUUUUUUCCUCAUAAAUCUGCUGCCAUGUCACUGAACAUUUUGAUGAGCUUUUCUGAUUCCCUCUUAUAUCUCUUUGAUAGGGUAUUAUUAUCCAGUAAUCUAAAGAUGGGGAGCUGGAUCCUCAGCGAAAGCACUUUUUAGCUGCUCAGCUAAAGACAAUGGAGAUGUGAGAAUUUACAGCACAAGAGGUUUUGACAUUGAGGGCUGCCUUUAUAUCAUGUAGCAACAUUAUUUCCUCCACAGCAAUGAGCAUUGAAAUCUGUUGUCUGAACACAUAGAAGAUGUGAAUAGUCAUAAACCUUUCUGAGUCUCAAACCAUUCCUAAGCCACAGCCACCUCCCAAACAAGGGUCAGGAGCUACACAACAAAGUUCUUGGGAAUGACACAUACAGGAGAUGGUCCAAGGUCUGAGCCACAGAUUCGUCUUCACCAGCCAGAUAAAAUGUUAGAGGGAGAUAAAAUUGCAGUUCAGAUGUGAAAAUUACAAGACCAAUGAGCCUAUGCAUGAAGCUAUUUUGGGUCCUUCAUUUUCCCUGCAGUGUCAUUCUUUGGGGAAUCCCAUUUUGGGUUUUCUCUUAUGACUAGGUUUGAAGGCUGUUUCCUUUGUAGAGCGUAUUGUGUUUGGCUGACACAGAGCCCAUUUUCCCAUGGCAGCCCUCACAGUGCUGUUCUUUGUACUGGCAGCUGGAAAGGUGCUGCUGCCAGGAUGAUGUUACAGCCAUUGCUAGGGCUCUUUCUCCAACAUCCUCCUCCUCACCACUAGGUUGGGGAUGGGCAACAAGCUGGGCGGGGACAUGGCCAAGACAGCUGACUCAGAGAGACCAAAAAGGAUAUUCCACACCAUAUGGCAGCUGCUCAGUAACAACAGCUAAAAGAAAGGAGGACAAAAGGGCAGCAUUUGUUAUUUGCGAUGUUUGUGUUCUGCAGCAACCGCUGCAAGUACAGAAGCUUUGCUCCCUUAGAAGUGUCCAGAUGUUGCCUGCUGAUGGGAAUUAGGGAAUACAGUCUCUUGUUUUCCUUUGAUUCCAGUUUAUCAAGCUGCCUUUAUCUUGACCCAUGAGGGUUUUUUUCUGUCUUAUCUUCUCCCUGCCAUCCUGCUAUGGAGAAGAGUGAUAGAGCAGCUUGGUGGGCAACUGAUGUCCAAUCUAAGUCAACUCACCAAUAAAGAGAAACAUGUAAGAAGUGAUGUAGUUAAUCUAGUUUUAGUACAAAUGUUGACUGGAGGUGUUUUCAGUUUUCUCAUGGCCCUAAAUUUCUCAGGUUCUAUGAAAAUUAUGUGAUGUUCCCAAAACAUAUCCUCUUUCCACUUUUGCUUAACAUCUGCUUAACACUUCAAUGAAAUCAAUGUAGUUUUUUACAGAAGAAGUCUUUCCAUUAAUAGUGUAGGAUACUGAUAUUAGAGCUGAAAGAAAUAUUUUGCAAAAUGCAGAUCUAUUUCAAAAAGCUUCCUUGUGAAAAAGAAAAUGUGUCUUAAAAAAAAUAUUAAAAAACAAGAUAUUUAAGCAAUGUCUUCUUCUCUUCAUGCAGUAGACUUUUCAUUCUCAUUUCCUUAUCUUUUUCUACUUAAAUAUACACUCCAAAAUUGGCCUUUCCCCCCUACUUUACAAGAGCUUUAUUCAAAGUACUUCCUUAAACUGCAACAGAUGCAUUUAAAUUUUUUUUUUACCAAUAGAACCUUUCCUUCUCAACAUAUUUGAGGACAUGAUAUUUAACAUAGAUUUCAAACCACAGAAUUCCUUUUUCCAUUUUCCUGGCUGGCACAUAAUGGUUCUGAUGCAUCUUUCCUGGGUAUGCCAAUCCUGUCAUAUACACUAAUAUGAAAUAAUGACACAAGGUUGACUUAACUAGACAUAAUAGGGCAUAUUUCUAAAACAUUCUGUAUGGGAGGUAUAUCCACAGAUCUUGCUACUUGUUAAUGAAAUUGGAAAACUUCUUCAUCUGCACUAAGACAUAUAUUUAUAAUAGCCUGCUACUCCAAAGACAUGGAAUCCUUACACAAUAAAACAAUAAAAAUGAAAAACAAGAAGGGAUUUUUUUCCUCUUCAUGUUUCAGAUUACUUUUAGAACUUAACCAUUCACAGCAAAUUUGGAGCAGCAACGGCUAUGAUUGUGUCUAAAAUCAGUACAAUAUGCAUGUAUAUA